CAGGCUGGCCCGCUGGCCGCUGGCGGGAGGGCGAUGGCGCAGAACCUGUAUGGUCCGGGAGUGCGAAUGGGCAACUGGAAUGAGGACAUCUACCUGGAGGAGGAGCGCAUGAAGGACUUCUUGGAGAAGAGAGAAAAGGGACAGCUUCUCAUACAGAGAAAUAGAAGACUCAAAGAGAAUCUUUUGAGACCGAUGCAGCUUUCCAUCACGGAGGACGGGUACCUUCGCUGUGGCUACAAAGUGAUGCUUGUGAAUCCAGAUUACCCUGAGACAGAAGCUGAUUUGGUUUUGGGCGGGGACCUGAGCCUCUGCAUGACUCUGGAGGAAAUUAAAUCGCCCCCGAGUGACCAGUUAGAGGUGCCCUGUGGGCUGAGCGCAGCUCAAACCAAGAUCCCCGUUGGCAGAAACACUUUCAUCAUUUUGAGUGCCGACAGAAACGCCAUGGGCCAGGUCCUUAGAUAUGGACAGAACUUCUGCCUGGCAACGACGGGCGGAUUCGAAGACAGAACGCUAUAUUUAUCCAGUGACCACAGGACCCUGCUGAGGUCGUCGAAGAGGUCUUGGCUCCAGGAGGUGUAUCUGACCGAUGAGGCCUCCUACCUGAACUGCUGGCAGGCCGCCUUCCUGGACCCCCAGUUCCGCCUGGAGUAUGAAGGCUCCCCCGUGCCGGCAAAUGCAAAAAUUAUCCUUAAUCACUCCCAAACGAACCGGGGGCUGGCAGCCCACAGACACCUGUUCUUGAGCGGCCGUUUCGGAAAGGAAGUGGAAGUGGCCGCUCACACACACCUGGAUUCGCACCGAGUUGAGAAGCCGAGGAACCACUGGAUGCUGGUGACUGGGAACCCCCGGAGAGAUUCGUCCACCAUGCUGGACGUGCCCAAGCCGCCGGCGGAGGACGCCCGAGCCCCGGAGCAGGACGCCCGAGCCCCGGGACAGGGCGCGGACCCCGGGGGGCAGUGACCCCAGGCACGCGUGCUCAGAAACACCUGGCUUAGCCAGGUCGUGCCCCAAGCUCUCUUUAAGCCGGGUGUUGACGUCCCUGAACCCGAGGUCGAAGCAAAGGCUAUAUGAAGGUUAUUGACUUCGUGGUGGGGCCUGGGACACAGGAAACACUGGCUCCAGGAAAGAGCUCCUAAGUGCUAUUUGAAGGUGACAGAGGACUUUCCUUUGUCGAGUCUAAAUUCCUGGGGAACUUGAGCUGCUGUUCAGCAGCGGCUUGGACAAGGAGCCCGAGUGUGGGACAAAGCUGUCAGAACCUCGCAGGGUGUUGUCACCCGUCCUCCCCACCCCCACUGCACGGCGACCAAGAAAUCAGCAACGUGUAGCUGUGAGCUGUGGCCUGAUCUUGGACCUAACCGUCUUCCCCCUUGUGUGUUUGUUUCUACCUCUGACUUGGCGGGGCUGGGGGUUCGGGACUUGCCCGGAUGGGUCACUCUACCGAGUAAUGAUUUUGAAAGCGCAAAGACUCUUUACUCUUUGAAACGGGCGCACGAGCCACGGCACCCGUGUGAUCGGAAAGUUCCCGACAAAAUAAACACGUCCCCUUCCACGAACCUGCUGGUGCGUUCGCUCCU